AUGCAGCUGGGCUCUGUGAAGCGGCGGCAAAAGUCGAAAUCCCGAGGGCAUAGCAUUGGAUCUGGCUGUGAAGGAGAGACGGAUUUGGACUCACUUGAUCGGUAUCUUAGCGAACUCCUGAAGAUCUCCUCGUUACCAUAUCGGCCUUGGCGGACGUCAGCUCCUUCAGCCAAGGUUCUCCCAAGCCCAGCCACCACAUUCCAAGACCUGAGCUGCGACUUGUUCUGUUCAUUUUCGCGACUGCCAUACUUUACUUUCGAUUCGAUAACCGUGUUUCCUGGGGAGACGCCAGCUUCUUUUCUCGACAAGAUGCCUACACUUGACGUCAGCGAGCUGAACAUUGUCAUUUCGAUUCUGGGAGCCUUCACGAUUCUGUAUGGCGUCAUCUCAGUAAAGAUCAAGCAGAAAUGGUUCCUUGGAGAGGCUUUGCCGGCUAUGAUGGUCGGUAUUGCUCUUGGGCCAGUUGCCGCAAAGUUCAUUGACAGUGAACGAUGGGGCAGUGCUGUACAGGACCAAACCUCAAACAUAACACUGGGUCUCACACGUGUUGUUAUCGGGGUCCAGCUUGUGAUAGCUGGUUACCAGCUGCCAGCAAAAUACCUAUGGCACCACUGGAGAGACAUGGUCUUGGUUCUGAUACCCGUUAUGACUAUAAUGUGGCUCUGCACAACCGGCUGUGUUCAACUCAUGAUCCCCAAACUGACGACCUUGACGGCCAUGGUCAUCGGCUCGUUGGUCACUUGCACUGAUCCCGUACUCUCGCAAGCCAUUGCCAAGGGACCCUUCGCUGACAAGUACGUUCCACGUGCGCUGCGGGAGAUUAUCUCCUCAGAGGCUGGCGCCAAUGAUGGUUUCGGGUUUCCGUUCCUCCUACUGGCAACCUACUUGAUCAGGCAUGCACCCACGGAGAAUGUUGACUUCAAGCCCGGUUUCGGAGGCAUUGCUGCUCGAGCUGCGGAGGUUGGUCGACUGGGAGGAGGUGCGGGGCAAGCCGUCGAGAUUUGGAUCGUGGAAGGCUGGUUGUACUUUAUUUUCACAGGUGUCAUCCUGGGCGCCGUCUGUGGAAUCGGAAGCAUGUACAUGGUCACCUUCUCACUAAAGAAGAAAUGGAUCGAUACCGAGAGUCUACUCCUCUACCCCACCGCACUGGGCCUCUUCAUCAUUGGCAUUUGUGGCUGUACAGGCCUCGACGACCUCCUAGCAUGCUUCUGCGCCGGUGCAGCACUGAACUGGAACGGUAAAUAUCUCGACGAGACCCUCCAACGCCACGACGAAGUCAACAGCUGUAUCGACGUCCUGUUGAACUUUGGUGGCUUCAUGUAUAUCGGAACCAUUAUGCCAUGGGAUCAAUUCCACCAGCCGGACACCACAGGCAUCACUUACGGCCGACUCCUCACCCUUGGACUCCUCGUCCUACUCCUCCGCCGCAUCCCUGCCAUCAUGGUCACAUACAAGCUCAUGCCGCACAGUGUCAAAUCCUGGAAAGAAGCCCUCUUCAUGGGCUACUUCGGCCCCAUCGGCAUCGGUGCCGUCUUCUAUGUCGAACACACCCGGCAUCUCUUCCCCAGUCUGGAUGAAGUCGAAACGCUCGAAGAGGAAAACCUGAUCCGCGCCAUGGUCCCCGUAGUCUACUUCCUCGUCUUCUUCUCCAUCGUAGUCCACGGCCUCAGCAUCCCCGCUCUCGAACUCAUAUACCGCUGGCAAAAUGUACCUCCCGUCGUGGAACUCGACCCCGUCACCCUCCCCCGCCUCAGCGUCUCCGAACCGCUACCCAACAACGCCCACAUCGACCCCAAGAGGGGUAGCGUGAUCCAACACAACCGCUUCUCGCGCGCCACAAGCCGCGAAAUGAGCGGUCUUGUCACUUGGGACACGGAUGUCGAGCAGCGAUAUGGCAAGUCUGAACAGGGCUUCCCUAGUACUCGCUUGAGCUCUACGCGUCUGCAGAGUCAGCCUGGGACACCGACGUGGAAAACUUUGGAAACGACGCGCGCGAGCGACGAUACGUUGCGCGAUGUGAGGAUGGAACCGGUUGACAAGCCCGAGGGAUAUGACUUGGGGUUGCAGAGGCGGAUCAUGUUCGACGAGGGGGUGGGGAACAGGAGGGGAGAUGGGCGUACGAGGAAUGAUGGUAGGGAAGGCAAUGUGCCGCAUAUUUAG